AUGGAGGAAACCCUUACUCGUAUUGCCAUUGUCAACAAAGACAAAUGCAAGCCGAACAGGUGUGCUCUCGAAUGCAAAAAAGUUUGCCCCAUCAACAAAGCGAAAAAACUCUGCAUCGACGUCGAAAAAACCUCCAAAAUUGCCAACAUCAGUGAAGAACUCUGCAUUGGUUGUGCUCUCUGCGUUAAACGGUGCCCAUUCAGUGCAAUCACGAUCAUCAAUCUUCCAAGAGACUUAGAAAAAGAAACAACCCAUCGAUACGGCAACAAUAUGUUCAAGCUCCACAGACUGCCAAUGCCAAGAGCCGGCGAAGUCCUUGGACUAGUUGGGUCGAAUGGUACCGGAAAAUCCACAGCCCUCAAAAUCCUUUCAGGCAAGCUUAAACCUAAUUUAGGUCGCUACAACGACCUUCCUGACUGGAACGAAAUUUUGGUCUAUUUCAGAGGCUCAGAACUGCAAAAUUACUUUACCAGGAUUUUAGAAGAAAACUUAAAAGCCACAAUCAAGCCACAAUAUGUUGAUUAUAUCCCAAAAGCUGUCAAAGGACUGGUAGGAAAUGUCCUGAGGACUAAGGAUCAGAAAGGAAUUUUAGACAGCUUGAUCCAAGAAUUAGACAUGGGUCCUCUGCUUGACAAAGAAGUGUCAGCAUUAUCAGGGGGUGAGCUGCAAAGAUUUGCAAUUUGUGUGGUGGCGAUCCAGAAUAGUGAUGUGUAUAUGUUUGAUGAGCCUUCAUCAUAUCUUGAUGUGAAGCAACGUAUGAAAGCAGCAACUACAAUCAGAAGUUUAUUAGCUUCGAACAACUAUGUAAUUUGUGUAGAGCACGAUUUAGCUAUUCUUGACUACUUGAGUGACUUUAUUUGCUGCUUGUGGGGAGAACCAGCUGCUUAUGGAGUUGUCACCUUGCCUUUUGGAGUCAGAGAAGGGAUCAAUGUAUUCUUAGAAGGCUUUGUCCCGACAGAAAACUUGCGCUUUAGAGAGACUUCUAUGAAUUUCAAGCUUUCUGAAGCUGCUGAUGAGUUUAUAACAGAAUCGAGAACUUCCCAUUAUGAGUAUGGAAACAUGGUAAAACGCUUUGAAGGGUUCAGGCUGGCAAUUGAGCCAGGAGAAUUCAGCAACUCAGAAAUCAUUGUUAUGCUUGGGCAAAAUGGUACUGGAAAAACUACCUUUAUUAAGAUGCUGGCUGGAAAACUGACCCCAGAUGAAGGCACCCAGGUCCCAGAGCUUGCAGUUUCUUACAAGCCACAAGUCAUUACUGCUCAUUUCAAAGGAACUGUAAGAGGCCUUUUCCAUAAAAAAAUCAGAGACAUAUACAAUAACCCUCAGUUUCAGUCAGACGUUGUAAGACCAAUGCAAAUUGAGCCAAUUAUUGAUCAAGAAUUAAGCCAGCUUUCUGGUGGAGAAUUACAAAGAGUUGCUAUUGUUUUGGCGCUUGGAAAGCCAGCAAAUAUUUAUUUGAUUGAUGAGCCUUCAGCUUAUUUGGAUUCAGAACAAAGAAUUAUUACUGCUAAAGUUAUCAAGAGAUUUAUUCUUAAUAAUAUACUGUCUUAGAUUGUAUUAGGAUGAAUUAUAAAGGCUAUUAUUGUUUUAUUGGCAAUUCAGUUCUAGUUAUCAUAAGAAAACUGCCUUUAUUGUUGAGCAUGAUUUCAUUAUGGCAACUUAUUUAGCUGACAGAGUCGUCGUAUACGAAGGAACACCCUCAGUCGAUUGUACUGCUAAAAGCCCUGAAGGACUUGUAGGAGGGAUGAACAGAUUUUUAUCAGAACUGGAAAUUACAUUUAGAAGAGACCCACUCAACUUCAGACCAAGAAUCAAUAAAUUAAACUCACAAAAAGAUAGAGAACAAAAAGUGGCUGGAAGAUAUUUCUCAUUGGAAGACUAA